AUGACGAGGGACCAGAGCGGCACCUGGGAGAUGGAAAGCAAUGACAACUUCGAAGGCUACAUGAAGGCUCUGGACAUCGAUUUCGCCACCCGCAAGAUCGCGGUGCGGCUGACUCAGACGAAGAUCAUUGAGCAGGCUGGUGAUGACUUCAAGACGAAAACCAACAGCACAUUCCGGAACUAUAACUUGGAUUUCACCGUUGGUGUGGAGUUUGACGAGUACACAAAGGGCCUGGACAACCGGAAUGUGAAGUCUCUGAUCACCUGGGACGGCGAUUACCUGGUGUGUGUGCAAAAGGGGGAGAAGGAGAACCGCGGCUGGAAGCAGUGGGUCGAGGGGGGCAAGCUGCACCUGGAGCUGACCUGUGGGGACCAGGUGUGCCAUCAAGUGUUCAAAAAGAAGUGAGGUCCACGCAGGAGGCCCCCUGCCCGCUGGAGCCUCCCCUCCCACAGAGCCCACGACGCGUCUGGUGAGAGCGUAACUGACAGACCCACCCUCCCCUCAAACCUGGCAUUAAACACCAAGUCCAAAGCCACACCCUUGCUCAGAAGCUUUUUGAGUUUGUUUGCUUGUUUGUUUUGCCUUUUUU